AUGAAUACCGGAGAUUGUUCGCCUGCACCGCCAACUUCGCCUGACGCUGGUGAAAUUCAAUGCGGCAACAGCGCAGGCACCGUUAUUCCUGUCGUCGAGUCGGUUGGCGUCAUCAAGCUACCGCCUUUUUGGAAGCAAAAUCCGCGGUUAUGGUUUGUGCAGAUCGAAGCGCAAUUUCAAUGCAGCCGCAUUUCUUCAGAUAACACGCGCUACUACCAUUUAAUCAGUGCUUUGGAUGCUGAUAUAAUGACUGAAGUAUCUGAUGUUCUGGUGCAACCCUCGGAAGUCAACAAAUACGAGCACCUGAAGGAGAUUAUCAUCAAGCGCUUUACGGAAUCACCGGACAGACAGUUGCAGCGCGCUUUGCUGGAGCUUGACCUUGGGGACAAGAAGCCCUCGCAGCUCCUUCGGCAAAUGACAACUCUUGCUGACGGUCGCGCGUCUGCAGACGCCUUGCGAGUCCGCUGGCUCUCUCAGCUACCGCAGCACGUACAACGGAGUUUGAAGCUCCUACGCUCAGCAACUUUGGAAGCGCAAGCUGCACUCGCUGACGAUCUCAUGGAAGAGGAAUCGGGUUCUUUUGCCAUGGCUGCUGGGCCCUCCUCGGCACAAUUCAGAGGCAACACCCGCGAAUACCCGCCGGCAGCUGGCACAAGUGUCGUGGACGACUUGAAACGCGACAUCGCUGCCAUCAAGGCCUCUUUAACUCAUCUCCAGAACAUGCAGCCCUCCAGCCAUUCUUGCCCAGCCGAUCGCAACGAGCAGCAACUCCGAUCACCACGUGUCUGCUUUUAUCAUGCCAAAUUCGGACCAAAUGCACGAAAAUGCUCCUCGCCCUGUGCCUGGGUGCCACAGCAGGGAAACUAA